AUCUGAGCUUUGGAUUCUUUUCCAUUUAGUCGAUGAACGUUAUAAAGACGCGAGAGCAUUCGUGAAUGAAGCACAAUAGUGAAUAUUUUGUGUGCAGUUGAAGGGGUACUAGUUAUGACUUUUGGCGGGACAAUGUGGUAUGUAGUGUUUCUCGUGUUAUUUUGUACAAGUGUCACCGUCCUAGGCAUACAAGUGCACGAGGAGGUAUUAGAUGAUCCCUCGACAACUGUAGCUCUACCAUUGCAAGUUUCCAAUCGUCAGAAUGAAAAUUUUGCGGAAAAUUCUACUACACCAAGCACAGCAAAGGAACAUAUCCAAUUCAGCAGCCCACCGAGGAAAGAAGAUAUCCCAAGACAAAAUUAUGAUGGAAAGUCAAACAAAAAUCAAGACAAUGCCCCAUUAAAAACCAAUAUAAGCCAUUUUACGCAUCAUAUUCACAUACCAGACACAAAUUCACAGUCGAGCAUCAAGCAAUUUGUUCCCUCACCUCAGCUAAACAUGUGGAACGAGAAAGUUACAUUGUCUCCUGAGCAUAAUCACUUUCAACCACUAAGUUACGGGCCACAGUACAAAGUUCUUCAUGCAAAAGUGACUCCAGUUUCAUUCAGAAACACCGCAGCUCUCAUGCCUAACAAUGGGGGGAGAGGACAUUUUAUCUGGGUACCCUAUGCUUCAGAAACUACCACUAUCCGCAACACAGAGCUUCCACCUACAGUGCGUAAUCCCUGGCGAUGGACAUUAGAUACUGAAAAUGGGAAUAGCAAUAUAGUGGGAGAUAUUACACCAGAUAGAGGCACGAUCUCUUUUGCAGACAACUUUAAUAUCUGGCGGGAUAUCAAAAAGAAACCUUUUAAGGAUUUGCCGUAUCCUUAUGAGAUUUCCGAAACACCCUUUACAUCAGCAUGGACGACAGAGAGGAUUCCGUCUGAAACGACGACACUUGAAAUGGAGGAGCUUCCACAGAAAUCAAAAUUCAACCAUUUGAAUACUUUAUCAGCAAAUAAAGAAUCCCCGUGGAAGAAGUUGGCUCAUAUUUUAACAGCAGCAAUUCCCAUUGGUCUCCUCAUUUCCGCUUUAACACCUCAUGUUGUGUAUGUAAAUCCCAACAAUACGCUUCAAUCUACGAUUAAUCCAUCACUAAGUUUGUACCCUGGAAGAUUGCGAUCCUUAGACAGUGGUGGUAGUCAUAACAUCCCAAAUUUUAUAGGAGAUGAGAGGAAAAUGAAAAAUCCUCUCAUGGACUUUAUCACUAUGUUUUCCGAAGCUAAUAACGACGUUGGAGUCAACUGUGAGAAUAGAGUGUUUUGCGAAUUGUCUAGAAUGGGAGCAUACAGUGACUCUGAUGUCUUGCAGAAAAUGCUUUGGAAAAUUGCUAAUGAAACCUCUGACAUGAUAGCUAAGAAGACAGGUCUUAUAACACUCUUCAAAGCAAUUCGAGAGAAUAAAUGUACAAUCUUUCAAUGUAAUAUGCAUACUACAACAUUAUCUUUGCAGAAUGCUGACAAUGAAUGAUGCAGGACAAUUGCAAAUAGUCUGAUAAAAACUUUCCUCGAUAUAUUAUUAAUUAAAGUGAAAGCUAUUCCUUAAUAUGGGGAUACAGGGCAAUAUAAUCAUGGACUAUAUGAUAAAAUAGGAAAUAAAUAAAACAUUUUUAACUAUUA